AUGAAGAAAACCGUGAAGAUUAAACCACAUCACGGAGAAAACCAAAAGAAAGGGGAUGGAAAGAAGGAGAAAAAAGAAGACAACACGCUGGAUGUUGGAUACUUUCAGCUGUUCCGAUUUGCCACCUGGAGAGAGGUUGUCAUGAUGGCGGUGGGGAGCGUGUGCGCCCUCAUACACGGUGCUGCUGCCCCUCUUAUGCUCCUGGUGUACGGCAUGAUGACCAACACGUUUGUGGCGUACGAGCUGGAGGUUCAAGAACUGAAAGACCCGAAUAAAACAUGUGACCAAAACACUAUCCACUGGACAAAUGGAUCCAUUUAUCAACCUGCUGAAAACGUCACUAUUUACUGUGGGGUGGAUAUUGAAGCACAGAUGACCAUGUUUGCAUAUUACUACAUUGGAAUUGGACUAGGUGUUCUGUUUCUUUGUUAUUUUCAAAUUGUCCUCUGGGUUUUGGCCGCUGCAAGACAGACUCAAAGAAUCCGCAAGACUUAUUUCCGAAAAGUAAUGCAAAUGGAGAUCGGAUGGUUUGACUGCAACUCGGUUGGCGAACUGAACACCAGAUUAUCUGAUGAUAUUAACAAGCUCAAUCACGCCAUCGCCGACCAAGCGUCUAUCUUCAUUGAGAGGAUCUCCACCUUUGUGUUUGGCUUCAUGGUGGGCUUCAUUGGCGGCUGGAAGCUGACAUUGGUUGUCAUUGCCGUGAGCCCCCUGAUUGGAGUAGCUGCUGGACUGAUGGCGAUGGCUGUGGCAAAGCUAACAGGACGAGAGCUGAAGGCCUAUGCAAAGGCGGGAGCUGUGGCUGACGAAGUGUUGUCAGCCAUCAGAACAGUGGCAGCGUUUGGUGGGGAGGAGAAGGAGACUGAAAGGUAUGACCAAAACCUUGUGGAAGCUCAGAACUGGGGAGUCAAAAAAGGGGCCAUCAUUGGAGUCUUCCAAGGAUAUCUGUGGUGCAUCAUUUUCUUUUGUUAUGCUUUGGCUUUUUGGUACGGAUCAAAGCUGGUUAUCGACACCCAGGAGCUCUCACCUGGGACUCUUAUUCAGGUGUUUUUUGGCGUACUUAUAGCAGCCAUGAAUCUGGGUCAGGCCUCACCUUGCUUAGAGGCCUUUGCUUCAGGCCGGGCAGCUGCAAAGACCAUCUUUGAAACAAUCGACAGGGAACCCCAAAUCAACUGUUUUUCAGAUGAUGGCUAUAAAUUAGACAGAGUGAAAGGUGAUAUCGAGUUCCAUAACGUCUCAUUCUACUACCCAUCUCGACCUGAGGUCAAGAUUUUAAAUGAUCUAAGCAUGCAGGUGAAAGCAAGUGAAACCACUGCUUUUGUUGGUCCGAGCGGAUCAGGAAAAAGCACGGCAGUCCAACUCAUCCAAAGGUUUUAUGACCCAAAGCACGGAAAGGUGACUUUGGAUGGUCAUGACAUCCGAAGCUUAAACAUGAAGUGGCUUCGGUCUCUUAUUGGCAUUGUAGAACAAGAGCCGGUGCUGUUUGCAACAACAAUUGCAGAAAACAUCCGCUUUGGGAAACCUGGAGUGACCACGGAGGAAAUAAUCCAGGCAACCAAAGAGGCUAAUGCCUAUAAUUUUAUUAUGGAUCUUCCACAGAAAUUUGACACUCUGGUGGGCGAAGGUGGCGGUCAGAUGAGUGGUGGACAGAAGCAGAGGAUUGCUAUUGCUCGAGCUCUGGUCCGUAACCCCAAGAUCCUGCUCCUGGAUAUGGCCACAUCAGCCUUGGAUAACGAAAGUGAAGCUGUUGUGCAGAUGGCUUUGGACAAGGUGCGUGAGGGCAGGACCACAAUUUCCAUAGCCCACCGACUUUCGACUAUCAGGAAAGCUGAUGUGAUCAUUGGAUUUGAACGUGGACAGGCUGUGGAGAAAGGAACCCACAGCCAGCUACUGGAAAAGAAAGGUGUCUACUUUACUCUGGUCACCCUGCAGAACCAAGGUGUAUCAAACACAGCUCCAGUGACCGUCAGUGGCAAUACGGAGGAAAACUUUGAAUUAAAAGCAAGGCAUUUCAGCCAAGGCAGCAGACGGUCCAAUAAAAGGAGUUCAAUUCGACUGCGAUCUCAGAGCAACUUGUCCAAUGAUUACGGCCCUGACACAGUAUACAACAGUUUCAGGAUCUUGUCCAACCAGAAGAUCAUGCCAGACAGUGCAGAUUUUGAGGAAGAUGAAGACGAACAUCUGGAGACAGCCCCAGUUGCACGGAUUCUCAAGUACAACAAGUCGGAGUGGCCCUACAUGCUGCUGGGCUCUCUGGGAGCUGCACUCAACGGCUCUGUUAACCCUAUCUAUGCUGUCCUGUUCAGCCAAAUUCUCGGGACAUUUGCCAUCGGCGAUGUGAGUGAGCAGAGGGAGCAGAUCGAUGGGAUAUGCCUUCUGUUUUGCAUCGUGGCAGUGACCAGUUUCUUCUCGCAGUUUUUACAGGGAUUUGCCUUUGCAAAGUCCGGAGAGUUGCUGACGCGGCGCUUAAGGAAAUUAGGCUUCCAGGCCAUGCUGAGACAGGAGAUUGGCUGGUUUGAUGACCCCCGAAACAGCCCCGGAGCUCUGACCACUAGACUGGCCACUGAUGCCUCCAUGAUCCAGGGGGCUACAGGAUCUCAGAUCGGCAUGAUUGUCAACUCCCUGACCAACAUCGGAGCAUCUUUUAUCAUCGCCCUCUACUUUAGUUGGAAGUUAACUUUGGUCAUUAUGUGCUUCUUGCCUCUCAUCGGGCUGUCUGGACUCUUUCAAGCCAAAAUGUUGACAGGUUUCGCAAGUGAAGACAAAAAAGCCAUGGAGGCGGCAGGCCAGGUGUCUGGUGAAGCUCUAGCCCACAUCAGAACCAUUGCCGGUUUGGCCAAAGAGAGCUCCUUUGUGGACUCUUACGAGCAGAAACUUGAGUCUCCUUAUAAAUCUGCCAAGAAGAAAGCCAACAUCUACGGCCUCUUUUUUGGCUUGUCCCAGUGUGUCAUCUUCAUGGCAUACGCUGCUUCAUUUCGAUAUGGAGGCUACCUGGUUAGCUCUGAGGGGCUGCAAUACAUGAUCGUUUUCAGGGUGAUAUCAGCUGUAGUAAUCAGUGGGACGGCGCUGGGAAGAGCUUCAUCUUUCACUCCAGAUUACGCCAAAGCCAAGACCGCUGCCGCUCAGUUCUUCAAACUAUUGGAUCGGACACCGAAAAUCAGCAUAAGCAGCACAGAUGGAGAGAAAUGGGAGAACUUCAAGGGUGAAAUCAAGUUUGCCAACUGUGCGUUCAGCUACCCGACACGUCCGGAUGUGUGCGUACUGAAGGGUCUGCUGGUCUCGGUCAAGCCUGGUCAGACCUUGGCCUUUGUGGGGAGCAGUGGCUGUGGGAAAAGCACCAGUGUUCAACUGUUGGAGAGGUUCUACGACCCGGAUGAAGGGCGAGUGCUGAUCGAUGGCCGAGGGUCUCGCUCCGUCAACGUGCCCUUCCUGAGAUCUCAGAUUGGCAUGGUGUCCCAGGAGCCCGUCUUGUUUGACUGCAGCAUAGCGCAGAACAUUCAGUAUGGGGACAACAGGCGUCAUGUCAACAUGGAGGAGAUGGUUGAGGCGGCCAAGAAAGCCUACCUUCAUGACUUUGUGAUGACGCUGCCAGAUAAAUAUGAGACCCAGGUGGGUGCACAAGGCUCCCAGCUGUCAAGAGGACAAAAGCAGCGUAUCGCCAUCGCCAGGGCCAUCGUUAGGAACCCCAAGAUCCUGCUUCUAGAUGAAGCCACUUCUGCUCUGGAUACGGAGAGCGAGAAGAUCGUCCAGUCUGCUCUGGAUAACGCGAGAAAAGGUCGAACAAGCAUAGUCAUCGCUCAUCGCCUCUCCACCAUUCAGAACGCUGACAUCAUCGCAGUGAUGUCACACGGCGUGGUCAUAGAACAAGGCACACAUGAAGAACUGAUGGCCAAGACUGGCGCUUAUUAUAAGCUGGUCACAACCGGAGCUCCUAUCAGCUAG